ACGACCGUGCGGAUCAAGUCUAAUACUAAUACUAUGCAUACACCGUCAUAGUUGUUCCAAAACCACAGAUCGAAAAGGAUCUUUUCGUGACAGGCUAAGACUAAAACUCACGACAUAACAUGCUAUAAAAUAGGUGGCAUUUUAUAGCAUACUUUUUGUGCUGUAUUCUCCUUUAAAAAUAACAAUUAAAUACUCGCCCAUUUUCUCUCUCUCGUUUUUCGUCCUGCUUAGCAACUGAGCGUCUGAAACAGGCUAUGAUAAGACGGCUAUCAGGUCAAGCUUUUAUCGAGGUUGGUGAGGAGAGGAAACAUGCGGAUCUACGAACGUUGUAAAGAAGAGGUUCCACGUUUUAAAACAAAAGAGUAGAUGCUCUUGACGUAAUUUUUUCUUUUUUUGUACACAACAAAACCGCUCUCACUAUAAACACUACUAAUCAAAUUUUAUCAUAUCGCUUUACAUAUACGAACAAUGUAAAGGUGAAAAUAUAACACAUUUAUUGCGCUAAAAGCCUAAAAAUGUCGCCGGUAAAGCUUCACGUCAAUGUGAUCAGUUAGUAAUUAAGACAUUAUCAUGUGAUGCGAAAACGUCAAUGAGAUACAAGCCUCAAUUUGAAACAUAGGCAACAAGGCAAAUUUACAUACCCCCUACUUAUAUUGAUCGGGCUACUUGAGCAGACGAAUAAAAGCCAAGGAUCGUGGCGGUUCUGGAUUAAUGAACACUAAUUAUUUUUUAGGCGGAACAUUUCAAGCAUUUUGACUGUAAAUAUUGGUUCCCAUCUGAAAGAUUGAAAACUUUCACAACGUAAACGUUCUCCAGCCACCGUCUCUGUAAUCUUACGUAAACACCGUCGACAUCACGCAAUUUAUGAAGCGAUAGAAUAAUAGCUAAGGUGGGGGUCUUAAGAAUGAAGGACUGCUACUGAAAUAGCCUGUAUAUGUAUUGCAUCAUCUCAACAGGAAACCAGCCACAGGGCAAACCGGGUUAAAAAAACAAACGGUUGAGCGAUAAGUUACUGUCAUUCAAAUAAGUUGUCUGCAUCUUUUAAGUGCUUUCCUUUUAGUGCCUGAGGUAGUAACUUUCUCUGUUGUCACACGCAAAAGAGUAAUAGCCAGUGAGCAAGAGCGGAGGCAAGAGAACAGAGGCUAGUAAGCAAGUAAACUUACUGGAUGCUAAGGAGUGCUACUUCGACAGCGAUGACAGCCGAGGGCGUAAAAAGAACCUAAAAAUCCGGUUUUGGUAAAUACACCAAUGCCUAGACUGGAACCGACAUAACUCUGCAUUCCUCCGUAACAGAGGUUUCACGAGGCUUCGCACACGGGCCGAAUGCGUUUAAAGAUAUGUGCGCCAUAGCUAUGCAACUGUACGAGGAACUCGAGUGACUUUUUGGCUCCUCAGAAGAAACAAAGCAAUUAGGAGCAGUAUGAAGGAUUUUAAGAAGAUCGGGACGAGUUGGAAGCACUGAGAGCGUUGGGAGUAGGGAACACUGAAAACACUUCAUGAAUUCACACAAGAAAGAAAAGGACCACAUUCGGUUUUUACAUCCGUCAGAGAUAUUGGAACUGUGAUGAUUUCACGAUGAAAAGGCAUAGCGUUUUCAAAAGAGUUAAGAAUCUUUAACAACAAGUUGAUUCACUGAGCAAAAAUCAUGUAAAGAAGUCCGAAGGCAGAAUAUUAAUAUGCGAAGGAAAGAUCAGCGCGAACAUAGAACAUAGGCACAGGGUCGGGAACCACUGAUUUCCGUGGGCAGCCCCGUUUCUUGCAACCCCAACCCCCGCCCCUUACGGUCUCUCGUGUUCCUAAUGAAAACAGAACUGUCACGGCCAAGGAAGGUUUCAGGUCGACUAGGUCGACUGAUUCGUCGCGUUCGCGUCUUCGCUAUUAGCCUGCACACUUGUCUCUCACUUAGAUAGGUUUGACGCAAGUCUAUACAAAAGAUGAACCAAGCUCGACAGCCAGCAAGUGCACAAGAAGAAAUUUGCGAGCAAAAUUUAAGUCAAGAAACAAGCUUCCAACUUCACAAAACUCUGUGUGAGCUUUUAAACCACCUCGGCUUGACUUGUCAAGAGCCAAUGAGAUAUCAGGUCGCAAGCCCUAUUCAGGAACAACGGAAUGAAAGAUCGAGAGGCUUCAAUUGGGAAUGUCCAGGAAUAGCAGAAUAUGAAACUGUCCGAGGAAUUCGGAAACAACAAAAGCAACUGUUGCAACAAGAACACCACGAAGGCAAAGGUACCUCUCUGAGAAAGCUUCUCCUGGACCUUUUACGUUCCCUCUGGAGAUAUCUUCUAUUUAAAUCUGCAGGCGAGGAAAACGAGCAACCGAACUCUGCUAGAUGCAGUCGUUUCCAUCAUGAAUGGAGAGAAUUCCAACAAGUUAGUACAGCCAACAUUAAUUAGCAAUAGAAAAUCAUGUUGUGUAGUCUGACGGCUUAACUCGUGGAGAUUCGUAGUAACAUAUUAUAAUGCAAUAGUACACACACAAAAAAUAAUAAUAAAUUUAAUAAUAGGGAAGAGGAUAUCAUGAUGAUAACUAAUAAUUAAUUUAUGGGAUAACGAUUUUACAUUGCGGUUAUCAUUGCUGUUAAGUCAUGGUUUUUUUGCAAUUGGUAAAGCUUGUCUACAUGGAUAACAUUUGCUGAUAAUAACUGAUAAUAAUUAACAAUUGAUGUCAUCAUAUUUGGCUCAAAAUAUGAGAUGCUCAACGUAUAAUAAAUAAGAUAUUGUCAUGACCGAAAAAAAAUUAUAUCUGUAAUUAAUUAUUUUGUUAGAUAAUCUAGGGGCAGAGGC